AUGUCACAAGGUGUCGCCUCGGUCGCGCACGACAUCCUCGCGGGCGCGAAGACAUCAUUCCAGACAUCUCCGACACUCGGUAUGGCGCAAUACCGACAGGGAAGUACAAGUGGCUUGCAAAACCCGCUCUCAGCUCAGCCAGGCCACCUUGGUAGCGCUGUAGCCAAUGCGCAGCUCGGCGCCUCUGACCACAGCGGUGCAGCUGGACACGGCAUUUCGUCGUCCAGCGAUGGAAGUCCUCGUCUGAGCAGCACGGCGACUCACCCUUCACCCCCACCUACAAAGCAUGCUCCGUAUGAUGCGCUCGACAACAUCAAAGGCAUGAUCACGGAUACAGUUGGCGAGUCUUUUCUACUCAAAGCGGCACACCAGGACCUUCUGAAGGCCCUUGGAAAUGCUCGUCCGGAAGACCUGAUGAAUGUUGAGAUCAUCGAGGCUCUCCCUGCGUUGCUUGUAGCUCCAGGACAAGACAAGGGACAGGAGAAGCAGCUCAAGAAAGCAAUUCUUGGAUUCGCCAACCUCAUCAAGAUGACAGCCGAUGCAGAGGUGAGGCCUGACUUCGUCAAAUCAAAGAACGCAGACCUCAGCAAUAACGUGAAGAAGAACAACAAUCGUCUGCGUCCCGGAAUGUCGAUCUACGCCACCUGCAUCGAGCCAAUGGCCAACAGACAGACAAAGCCGUACCACGAAACCUACGUUUCUACACCUGGGCCUACCGUCAUCUGCAAACGCUACUGUAAUCUGGUUUACAAGAUUGAAGGCGAUCGGAUCCGCACCCUUCGUUAUAUGACAAAGGAAGGCAAUGGAAUGAAGGCAGUGGAUAGCGAUAUGCUGCAUCGUUACGGAACAUGCAUGAAGGCUGGCGGAGAUACCAGCAGGCGAGAAGGAGGUGCACCUUUAGUCCAAACCAGCAGCAACGAACCAGAAUACGCCAUGAUCUGCACGAUUGAGCGGAAUGUCUACAUGGGUGACUACAUCGAGAUAGCUGACCGUCAAGUGACGAAGGACAGUCUCGUACGAAUCGUGGACUAUUUGCUGGCGGCUGGCAGCAUCGCAGAGAAAGACGCAAAAGAGAUUUUGGAGGUCAACGGAGUAACGGAAGCAUUGGUCGACCAAUAUCGAGAGAUUGGAGUCCCUGAGCCUGGCGAGAUUCUGGUUGAGAAGGCCGGUGCUGUCUGCUGA